AUGGUCCACGCCGACGCAACAAACUUCUCCCCCAACCUCACCAAACCAGAAGCCUACCAGCAGCUCCUCGACGAGGUAGAAGGUCUUUGUUACGAGCAAAGAAACUGGGUGUGCAACCUCUCCAACACCUCCUCCCUUCUCUGGCACCUCUACCGCUCCCUCCCCUCCCCCUCCUCCUCGGUAAACUGGGCCGGCUUCUACGUCCACGACCACACCUCCCCUCCCACAAAACCACGCCUCAUCUUGGGUCCGUUUCAAGGCAAAGUCGCCUGCCAAACCAUCAACUUCGGCCGCGGAGUCUGCGGCACAGCAGCCGCCACCCAGACAACUCAGCUCGUCCCCGACGUCGAGCAGUUCCCAGGCCACAUCGCCUGUGACUCGUCCAGCAAAAGCGAAAUCGUCGUCCCCAUCAUGGUCGAGGGCAAGGGCGUGGUAGGGAUAAUCGACAUUGACUGCACAGUCGAAAACGGCUUCGACCAAAUAGACAAGGAGUACCUCGAAAAGCUGGCGGACUUUUUAGCAAAGAGCAGCGACUGGCCUUGAUGAAGCACAUAAUAAC